AUGGAGCUGCGCAGAUUCUUCCGCGGUCCUGCGAGCGCCUUCAAGGUGUUCCUGGACGAUGCGUGCGGCAUGCCUUCCAACUGGCGCGAGACAUGGAGCGACUCAAAGCAGUGGGGCCUCUGGGGGAACCAGCACUGGCCCACCAAGUACGGCGCGCAGGGCUUCAUCCCCCAUAUGGUCGACAACUCUCCCUUCGUCACGGCCAACUGGAGCGAAGCAGCUGCGUCAAUCGUCGUGCUGUUCGCACGGCACCAAGCGUCUGGGGUGGCGAUCGGCCAACAGCAGUGCCUGCAGCGCCUCGAGACCCGCUCGCCUGCGUGGCGAGCGACGCGCGGCGCGCGCCAUUUUUUUAUCUUCACCGAUUCGCGAGGACCGUGCUGCCUCGGCGGCCAGUACAAGGACGUGAGCUUCCUUGGGCACCAUAUCAUCGGCCCACAUGCGGAGCCGGUGGGCUUGCGUACCUUCACCCGCAACGGCCUCGCGCCGCCGAUAAGCUGCUACGACGCGCGCAAGGACGUUGGUAUUCCAACGCCCAACAUCCACUUCCCGCGCACGCCCUACGCUGGUCCGCUGCUCGCGCGCACUGCGGCGGCGGCGACGGCUCGAGUGCGCUCAGCACCAUCGCGUAAGCUGCUAAUGUUCUACGCGGGGUGGAACUACGGCGAGCGCAUGGCACUCGUGAAAACGUACCGCAACGACUCUGACCCACGCGUGCUUGUGCGUAGCUCGGUGCCAUCGCGUGAGUACGCGGCGAACAUGCUCGAUGCGCGCUUCUGCCCCGUGUGCGGAGGGUACUCACAGUGGACGCCUCGGCUUGCGGAGGCGUUGCACUACGGCUGUGUGCCGGUCAUCCUGUCGGUGCAUCUCGAGCCUCCGUGGUCCGAGCUGCUCGACUGGAGCACCUUCAGCCUGCGAGUCCACCCGAGCCAGAUCCGAUCGCUCAAGCAGACGUUGCUCCGCGCCGAGCAGGAAAACUACGAGGCGCUGCACCGCGGCGUGCUGCGCGCGCGUGCCGCGCUCGAGUACCACCUUGACGAGUACACCGGUCGCGACAUGCUGCCGCUGCUGCUGUGGCAGAUGCACCGCCGGCUGCUCGAUGGACCGCCGGCAGCGCCUCGCGGCGUGCGCCAAGUGUACAACGAUGUGAGGACGGACCACGACUACAGCGCCGCACUUGCUCAUGCACGCGGCAGGGCGGCGCACGUCGUGGAGGCGCACGCUGAGCUGACGGUGGAGACGGAGGAGGGUAAGCAGCGGUGGCAGUGCUCGACUUACGAUGCCUGCAUGUGUUCGUGUGUCAAGUGGACUGACGAGCUAGACGAUGUGCUGCUGACGGCGAUCGAGAUCGAGGGCAACCGCUCCGUCUCGCCGCUGUGGCGCGCGCGCCGCUCCUCCUUUGAGGAGAGCAAUGCGUGGAUGCAGCUGAUGCGCCAAGUGCGCUCGACUGCUGGCAAUCAGGGCAGGCGGCACCGUCUCACGGACGGCAUCGGCGCAUCGCCGAACCUCGCUCUCGCCAUCCGCCGCCAUGCGUACCAUCUUCUCAGCCAGACGGGACGAGCCGCGCUCCCCUCGACACGGCUUCGUGACGUCUCCGCGCGCAUCGCAGCCGUCGCGGAAGAGGUGCCGGCGGCAGAUGGCACCGAUCGGACCAGCAGGCGGCGGGUGGCAGGCCCUGAGUGA